UCCCGGAAGCAUUAACCCUGUGCGCCUCUACAGUAAAUAAAGUAACAUCAUCUUAAAAGGAAACCUUUAUCUUUUAAAAAAUUGAAUACUUUCACUUUCUCUGUUUUGUUUAAUUUUCCUAAACAUUUCAUGGUAAAUGUCUAAAAUUUUGGCAUGGAAGUUUUAGAUUUUAAUGCUGUUCCAGCCAAAGCUCUUAAAUGUUCAACUAGGCUGAAAUUGGGAGAAUUCCUUGAUCCGAAACAAGAAAUUCUAUUUAAAAAUGGUUUCGCUCGGGACUAUCGUGGAUUGGCAGAUCAGAUGGACUUUCAAUAUAAUGAAGUACGAAAUUUUGAAAGAUAUGAUAGUCCAACUCUUAAAAUAAUAGAUGCAUGGUCUGUACUUCCUCAUACAACCAUGGGCCAGCUUAUUCAAUACCUUGAAAAUAUGGGUCGACAUGAUAUUCUGCAAGACUUACAACCGAAAUUAGAAUUAGAUGCUAAAUCUUAUAUACAGAGAUAUAUACAAGCCCAGAGUCAAGAAAGUCCACUUCAAGUAGAUGAAAUAUCAUCAUGUCGUUCAGUAUCAUCUGAUGUACGUUUGGAUGAUUCUGGGAUUUUGACGAGAGAAGAUGCAUAUACUGGAGAGGUCACUGUAUAUGAUGCCUUUGUUUGUUAUGCUGAUGAAGAUAUUGAAUUUGUUAGGGAGUUGGCAAGAUUUUUAGAAGCUGUAGGUUUCAAGCUUUAUAUUCGAGAGCGAGAUAUGUUAGCAGGACAAUCAGAAUAUGAAACAAGCUUGCAGCUAAUUCAUGAGAGGUGUAAGCGUGUGUUGAUCAUUUUAUCACCUGAUUUCUUAAGAUGUCCUGCUUAUGAAGCCCAAGCCAGUUUUGCUGCAGGUUUAGGAAUCGAUGAAAAGUGCCGCAAAUUGAUUCCCAUUGUACACAAGCCAUGCGACAUUCCCAUGAUGCUCAAGUUUAUAUCGAAAAUUGAUUUCACAAAACCAGGCUGUGUGGUAGAAUGGAUAUGGGACAAAGUCAUAUCAUCUCUUCGAGAUGGCCAUGGUCCAUCUUCAUCAUUUGUAUCGACUGAGAGGCGAUAUCCUGCAGUGUUACCGCAGUCAUUCCAACAGAUUCAACCAGGAUCACCUGAUCCAGCUUAUCCAUCAAUUACUUAUCCACCCUCAACCAGUUCAAUCAUCAAUACUAGUUGCAGCAUCUCUCCUCCCCAAAUGAUAUUUCAAGAGGAAUCACUGUCUGACUCGGCUGUAAAUUUGAAUAGAGUUGCUUCGAAGCAGAAAAGCAAAUUGGAAAAUUUCAGAUUUUGGAAACUACCUAAAAAAAAUACGAAUGAUUGUUCUACUUCUUCAUCGAAUGUGACGAGUGGUUUUCACAGCCAAAUGUCUGACGAGGGUAGUGAACCAAGUCGAUGGGCGCAGCCCUUUUCAGCUACUUGGGACCGAAUGAAUCAGGGCACAUAACUGUUCAACUAACUACAACUUUUGUACUUAAUUUUUUAAAUGGCUUAAAAGUUCAAAAUUAAAACUAAAUAUACAUGUAUAUUAAUUUUUUUUUAUUGAUAUGCAUACAAAGUGUUCUGUAAACGUUAUCCUUAACUUCUAUUUUUAGAACCUUAGGCUGUGCAUCUGUAUUUAAGUGAGGAAAAAAAAGCAAAAUUUAACAGAAUGUAAGAGUGCAGUUUGAAAAAGGCAGUGUUGAAAUAAAUUUGUUUGAUUUCAAGAAAAAAAACACAAAGGAGUUGAAAGGUGAUAUUUAGAAGGUGCUCUAAAUAUUUUUAAGACAAUCAAAUAAGUUUUGAUGUUUUUCAUCCCACUUUCUUCACUAGUAAUUUAAAAUGGAUUUUAAUUGCAUUUUGUUUAAAUAUUUAUUUUGUGUUCACUAAUAUACAUACAUUAGUGACAAGGAUCAUAAAAAUAUAUAUAUUAAGGGCUGCCUUUACAGAAUAAUUUAAAUAAAAAUAUAUAUUAAUGCCACAUGCAUAAUUGAAAUCAACAUUCCUCAAUAUUUAUUGUUUAUACCUAAAAGUAAAUGAUUAUUUUAUUAGUAAGUAAGGAAAGGAUUCAUAUAUUUUUUUAUCGUAAUAUUUUGUGCGUGAAGAAUAUUGUGAAACAAAAAUAUCUUAUAAAUGGAGUAUCUUAGCUUUUAGUUUCUUAAUAAGUAAACUUAUAACUUUUUUAAGAAACAAAAAUGUCCAUAUAAAAAUAUAUAUGUGUCAUUUUUAUUUUCCUGUA